UUCCCCAACUGCAUCCCCCCUACCACAGCCUCCCGGGUACUGUCCAUGGCCUGCCUGAUGCUCCUGACGUGGGUGAACAGCUCCAGCGUGCGCUGGGCCACGCGCAUCCAGGACAUGUUCACAGGCGGGAAGCUGCUGGCCUUGUCGCUCAUCAUCGGCAUGGGCCUUCUCCAGAUCUUCCAAGGACACUUCGAGGAGCUGAGGCCCAGCAAUGCCUUUGCUUUCUGGAUGACGCCCUCCGUGGGACACCUGGCCCUGGCCUUCCUCCAAGGCUCCUUCGCCUUCAGUGGCUGGAACUUCCUCAACUAUGUCACUGAGGAGAUGGUUGAUGCCCGAAAGAACCUACCUCGCGCCAUCUUCAUCUCCAUCCCACUGGUGACCUUCGUGUACACCUUCACCAACAUCGCCUACUUCACAGCCAUGUCCCCCCAGGAGCUGCUCUCCUCCAAUGCGGUGGCUGUGGUGAGUGGGCCCUUGCUCGGUCCCUGGCUCCUGCCCAGGCCCCUGCCCCGGCCUCACACACAGCCUCUCUCCUGUGCCCACCCAGACCUUCGGGGAGAAGCUGCUGGGCUACUUUUCUUGGGCCAUGCCCAUCUCCGUGGCUCUGUCAACCUUCGGAGGCAUCAAUGGCUACCUGUUCACCUACUCCAGGUGACUACACUGGGGAGACGUGGGCAUGGGGAGGGAUGGUUGGACAGGUGCGUGCAAGUCAUGCCGGGGGCCAGAGGAAGGGAAACCUGUCAGGGGCAGGGAUCCGCCUGAAGCUGGGGUGAUGAUCCCACCAGUAAGAAGUGUCUGAUCACAACUGAAAGGCAAAGAAAGCAAGAGGGAGGCAGGUUGAAGAAGGUGAAGAACUGCCCAGUGGGGCUGCUGGGCCCAGAGUGGGAGGUCAGAGGCGACAGCUUAAGAGGGACAUCAGGUCUGGUGCCCAUCUGCCCCAACACUAGGCUAUGCUUCUCUGGAGCCCGAGAGGGGCACCUGCCCAGCCUGCUGGCCAUGAUCCACGUCAGACACUGCACCCCCAUCCCCGCCCUCCUCGUCUGUUGCGGGGCCACAGCCAUCAUCAUGCUCGUGGGCGACACAUACACGCUCAUCAACUACGUGUCCUUCAUCAACUACCUCUGCUACGGCGUCACCAUCCUGGGCCUGCUGCUGCUGCGCUGGAGGCGGCCUGCGCUCCACAGGCCCAUCAAGGUGAACCUUCUCAUCCCCGUGGCAUACUUGGUCUUCUGGGCCUUCCUGCUGGUCUUCAGCUUCAUCUCCGAGCCUAUGGUCUGUGGGGUCGGCAUCAUCAUCAUUCUUACGGGGGUGCCCAUUUUCUUUCUGGGAGUGUACUGGAGAAGCAAACCAAAGUGUGUGCACAGACUCACAGAGUCCAUGACACGCUGGGGCCAGGAGCUGUGUUUCGUGGUCUACCCCCAGGAUGCCCCUGAAGAGGAGGAGAAUAGCCCCUGCCCACCCUCCCUGCUGGCUGCCACAGACAAGCCCUUGAAGCCACAAUGAGAUGUUUGUAGAGACUGAAGCAGCUGUUUCUGUUUACAUGUUGUUUAUUGAGGAGGCGUUUUGGCAAAAAAGUUUUUCUUUUUGUUGUUGUUUUCUGGGGGGGAAAAAAAAAAAAGAUACGACUCUUAGAAGCCUGUUUUAAGGAAACCCUGAAAUGUGGACUGGGUUUCCUGUCUUAGCGCUGCCCUGCUAGCUUUUCCUGAAAAAGCCUAUAAAUAAACAGGGCUGGCCGUU